AUGGCGAAAAAAACGGACUCGAGUGAUAGUGACGGUCCAAUAAUAGACGACAACGUAAUUCGUAUACAAUUAAGGAAGCCUAGUCAAAGUAAAUGGGAACUACGAACACGAAAUCUCUCCCCUGGAAUUAAAUUUCCGACCAUUCAACUGUUUGAUUCAGAAGGAAAUUUGUUAAUUGAAACCAAUGAUGACAAUAUAUCAAUUAAAAGCUCCGGCUGUAAUGAAGCUUUGUUAAAAACGAGCCAAUCACUGCGGGAGAAGGACUAUAGGCAUAUAAUUAGAAAAAAUUUAAUACGAAAACACAAUUCAAUUUCAGGCGACAAAGUAUUUACUCGAGUAUACCGCAAUCCUGUAGAAAUAAGUGACAAUAACGACAGAAAAAGUACCUCUUAUAUAAUAAAGGAUAUUAGCAGUGUUUCAAACAUUCCAAGUAAACUCACUAUAAACAACAACUUCCACAAUUUGCAAAUAAAUAGCCUCGACACCACGCCCUUCCAUUCAGAAGGCCCGAGCGAAGUAAGCAGCUAUAAAAGCUCUGACAAUGAGACUUACGAAGAUUUUCUUUCUAAUGAUAAAUUAUCCCAGAGCAAAACUAACGAAAUUAUUGAAAACGAUAUAUCCCCUCCACAAGAAAUUUCAUACCAAUCCUCUACCACGUCUUUAAAUAAACCUGAGGAUCCCAACAAAGAAGCCUUUGACGAACCGGAAAAUGUGUAUUUAGGACUUCAAACAUCACAGUCAUUCAAUGAUGCUACGUUGUCAGCUCGCCCGAAAGGGUAUCAUACAUUACCCCGUUCAAAAUCUAACGUUAUUUACAAACAUCCCCCAAAUAAAGUAUCUUUUCUCAACACUUACCUAAAAAGCUUACCUGCUCGCACUAGCUCUAAUCCGGAUUGGUUUGCUUUACACCUACGACAAACAUCAACACGGGCACGGUAUUCGAACGAAGAUAUAAUACAUAAGGAAUCUCCGACAUUUUAUUCGGAAAAAGCUUGGCGAUCUAGUAAAAUUGAAGAUAAUACGACCGAUAAUGACCUUAUCAAUAUUUCAACAGACAUAGCAGCCAAUUGUGAAAUGAAAAAACGUUUGAAAAUGUACAGGAGAGGUAUAUCAGAAAUAGAGCACUGGCAUGGAAGUUCAAGCAUGUUUAUAAGAAAAAGACGACACACAGUUACCGGUGACACGCGGAUUACCCGCACUUCUUCAUCUGAGAGCGUAGACGAGGCUGACGUAGUACUUAACCGCUUAAAGAGAAGGAUACUUAAGAACAAGUUAAGAGAGAAGCGACGCGUCUGCUCUAGACCAUUUUUCAAGCAGGACGCGUGCUCGGAAAGCGAAACCGAAUCACAAGAAGAUUGGCGCAAUGAGGGCGGCGGGGCCCUCCUGAGGUCCCGCCUCGCAAUGGGCUCAAACAUCAGCCAACAUUCCGCAAAAGGCCUGAAAGGCCGUAGAGCACGUUCUAGUGGCGAUCUUUGCAAUGGAGAAACGAAAAGCCAGACCGAAUCGUCAGUCUGCGGGUCAGUUGUCGGUGAUGCUAUGGGCUGGAAUAGGUCUCUACCCAACCAUUUGGAUGGAAACCGACAUUUAGCUGACUACAGUCGUGUAAACAAUAACUAUGGAGAAUUCGGAACGUAUAAUCGAUGUCAUCCCAAGAGUGGGCGUGGAUUGCGCUACCGUGUGUCUAAAUCUGGAUCCGAUGCAGAACCUGUGUGGAAGCUGCAAGACCCGGGCUUUGAUCAAGGCUACGGUUCGGAGAGGUCACCCGAGGAAGACUAUGUACCACCCGUCAUACCGCCCAUAUCACUUGAACAAUACGAAGCAGAACUGCGGGCAGUAUAUCCUUUCAUCACGGAUGAUAACACCUUUACGGUUGUAGUAGAAAAAGACGGUCGAGGCCUUGGUAUGUCAGUCUGUGGGGGUGGCGGUCUCGUGAGGAUACGACGGCUGUAUCCGCCUCAACCCGCCUGGCGUACUGGCAGGCUCGCACCGAAGGACUUGCUGCUAUCGGCAAACAGCGUUCCAUUAGCGGGACUUAGCACUUAUGAGGCUCUCGAAGUACUUCGCACGGCGUCAACAAGGGUGGAACUACGGGUGUGCCGGCCCCCGAGUGACGUCCUCGAGAGCGUGACGCCGCCGGACCCCCCGACCCCUCCAGCCAGAACUCCUCACCCACACCUGCUUCUCGAUCCUCUCAACUGCCAUCCGUUACAUGCGAGACUUUCACAAACCACAAGCAGCGCAACAACAUCGUCAUCAGAAGGGAGAGGAAGGCGUGAAGCUAGUCCGGAGGAUAGGAGGACCCAGGACUUACAUCUACCAGAUCUUGACAGACCUUUACCAGUCUACGAUAUACAAUACGGUGAUGACGGAUCCGUGGAAUUCGACAUAAUAAUGACAAAAGUGAACGGAUCGCUUGGCUUUACACUGAGGAAAGAAGAUCACAGCGCCCUCGGGCACUACGUGCGGGCUUUAGUCAGAGAGCCGGCGCUGAGCGACGGUAGAAUACAACCGGGAGAUAGAAUAGUUGCUGUGAACGAUACGCCAAUGUCUAACAUGUCGCACGCGGAAGCAGUCGCGUUUCUCCGCGCGUGCGGCUCUGAAGUGCGCCUGCGACUGUAUCGCGACCACGCCGCUACACCGCUGUCGCCGAUGUCGCCCAAAGAAGGACCCACUGACUCUGACGGACCUGUCAGUAGGCCUAAACCACCUUUAAGAGCUGAAGCAGUGUCAAUGUUAUGCGACUUAGCCGCACGUCGUCUCACACCCGACGCGGGCGAUGGCUCACGCUCCCCCUGCCUAUCUCCCCGUAAACAUAGAAAACUUACUAAGGAUAACCAUUAUGAAACACCCAAUGAUUUGCCAAGUUGCAACGUAAAGCUAGACACACACUCAAAGCGUAUUGAGAACUUCAAGCGUUCCCAAACCAUCGACUGUCCGACCGAUAUAUCGGGGACGGAACGCUCGACGUUAGACCGUCGCGCUACCAUGGAAAGAUCAGCAACCAUGGAACAACCAUUAUUAGAUUAUAUAGAAUCUAAUAACUCGGAUGUUAUAAUUAUUGAAGAAUUGAAGCGGCCUCGUUCUGUUACACUCACAAGUCCCACGGCCCCGCCGUCUUGUAGAAAACAAAAGCUAAGCCUGACAGUACCUCCACACGGUUACGAAUUAAAUAACCUUGACAAUGACACACUGGAUGCUCCAAACGUGUACCAGGAAGAUAUAACCCUACAGAGGUUUACUGAACCCGCGUUCCCAGUAGAUUCGGACGAGCCGGUAUCGAUGCCCGCUGAACUAUCAAGCGAUGAACGCUUCAAACAUUCGAGCCCAGCGUAUCAGAGUGCAGUUUUGCAUACAACAACCACUACUAGCGAAAGUGCUUCUGAUGGACAUAAGGAUGACGGUAAUGGUUUAAAGAAAUGGAAAGGAGUUGCGUUGUCCCCGGACAACGAGAGAAAAGCCAAACCAAUUCCAGGAGAAAUUCCACCGAAACCUAAAGAGAUUGAACCCGUCCAAAAGGAAAACGUCGAACCUGAACCACCGGUGGAAGCACCAAGCACAGAACCUACGAUAGUGACAGUGGAACUGAACCGCGGCUGGAACAGCAGGCUGGGGUUUAGCGUCCAGAGCCACCCGGACUCGGGCCAGAGUUAUAUCUCUGCCGUUUACAGCGAUAGUGUCGCCGCGCGCGACGGCAGGCUGCAGCGCGGUGACGUCAUACUACAGGUCAACGAUGAAAACGUUACAUCGAUGAAAACACCCGAAGUAAUCGACUUACUGAGAAUACUACGAGGGUCGAUUUGCAUCACCGUAUUGCGACCGCCAAAUGUGCAG